GGUCACACACAGGACCAAGCAGGAGCAGGACCUCAGCAUUUUUACCUUUUAUUACAAAUGGAGGAACAUGAAGAUGUUCAAUACUGUUUUCAGGACAGAAACUCUUCUUGCAGAAAGGCUUUUCUAUCGACAUCUAUCUACAUAACACUGUACAUCUUCUUCUCAUUGAUUUCAGCAGUUACAGUAUUUUUGAACAUGCUGGUGAUCAUCUCCAUCUCUCACUUCAAGCAGCUCCACACUACAACCAACCUGCUCAUUCUCUCUCUGGCUGUGUCAGAUCUCCUGGUGGGAUUGAUUGUGAUACCAGCAACGACUGUAGCAAUAAUGGAACCAUGCUGGGGUUUUGGGGAAUAUUUCUGUGUGUUUGAAUUCUACAUUGCUUAUUUAUGUACUUCUUUAUCUCUGGGCAAUUUGGUCUUGAUAUCUAUUGACCGCUAUGUUGCUGUGUGUGAUCCCUUAUUGUACCACUCUAAAAUAACAAUAACAAGAAUUAUGUGUUGUAUAUCCAUUUCCUGGUGUUGUUGUAUCAUAUAUGAUGCUGCUAUUAUACAAAUAUUUGUAAAUGUACAGGUAUCCAGUAGAUGUUUGAAAGAAUGUUUUAUUGUGAAAGGGUUAAAUUGGGUUAAUAUAAUUGGCCUUGUAUUUACAAUGGUUGUCCCGUGCUCUAUUAUUUUAACACUUUAUAUGAAAAUCUUUGCGGUGGCCAGAUCACAGGCCAGAAAGGUAUUUUCAAAAGAGACCGCCAGUGUGUCUGGUGUUAAAACUGUACAGGCAAAUAAGUCUGAGAGAAAAGCAACAAAAACUCUGUCUAUUGUUGUUUUCAACUAUCUCAUUUGUUGGAUUCCAUCUCUAUUUCCUUUUGUUUUUUCCUUUUAUUUUAGUGACAAUUUAUUAUCAUUUAUCAUCAGCUUUCUGCCACUUCUUAAUUCCUUAAUUAAUCCAAUAAUUUAUGCUUUCUUUUAUCCAUGGUUCAAAGUGACAUGUAGACAUAUUUUCACUCUGAAAUUAAGGAGUUCGUAGUUCCUAUGUUUCUAUUCCUAAAUUGGACCAAAAAAUUGUUAUACUGUUUUGUUGUAAUUGCUUCUUUCAUAUAACAAUACACUGAUAUUACUUAUCUCAGUGUUGUCAUCAUCGAUACAUGUGGUGUUGAUAAAGAAUGAUUUAGCUGGACUGGAUUAUAAUGACUUGGAGAAGGCAUAAGGCAUAAGCUUGUUUUAUAAAAUACAUUGUUGUCAUAUUGGGUUGUAUAUUCCAAAUACCUAAGUCUGUUCUUGUUCCAUGUUAUAUAAUGUGGACACCAGGAAGAGGACAGCAGGAAGAUUAGCUGAUGCUUUUGCAGUGGCUAAUGGGGAUCCUAAUAAACACCAAAAUUAUAAAUAGUAUGUAAGUAUUCUAAAAGUACAUUCUGAGGAUGUCAUGAGGCAUUCUAGAUUUUGUUUAACAUCUCCAUUUAGUGGCUCAAUUGGGACACAAUGACUUCAUCAAGUGUAGUAAAGUUUAAAUAUACAAUACUGCAUGAUGUCAUAUUGUAACGGCUGUCAUCGGUGUAAGAAGGAGAGGACCAAAGCGCAGAGUGGUUAGUGUUCAUCUUAUUUAAUAAAAAU